UAGAGAUUAGAGAUAAAUCGGAUUUCCCCCAGAAAAAUGAAGCCCAUCUCCAGGAUCCAGGAACGGCACACAUCACCUCUCUCAACUCCCAAUGCUCUAGCUAGCUAGCUAGAUAUAUUGUUUACCAUCAUGAACUGGACGAAAAAGAUCAUCUUGAUGUCCCUGGCAAUGUUUGGGUCUCUCUGUGCUCGAUCCGUUCAAAAUCGCAUCGAAAAAGGCGUCGCUCUGCAAGACUCCAUUCCUCUCUAUCGAUUCGACGCCAAAGCCAAGGCGACAGUCACGUAUGUGUCCAUUCUCAAGAGCUCAUCGCCCACGCAUGUGGAUCUCAAGGCGGCGGCACUCUUGAAAAUUGUCCGACGACACCACGGACAAGUGGGGUACUUGGGGAAAUGUUUUGCUGUGGCCGUUGAAUCCAAACAGUUUGAUUCCGCCGAUUGCGAUUUGGUCCUUGUGACGUACUGGAAACGACCACAUCCACUCAUGUCGCCCUCCUUUGGAUUUUCCAACUUUCGAUCCGAAAUCGAUCAACAAAAGACGUGGACCGUGCAUCAGGCACAAAAAAUGGUCGACAGUGGACACUCGGUAAAAGCCGUUGUCAUGGCCAUGGUGGUUCAUGGAUUUCUGCCCUUUUUCAUGAACAUUUACGCUGCCAUCACCGGGUUCGAAUACACAUUUGAGCCCAUGUCACCGGUGCCAAUCAUGGAUAGUAUCAGUGACAAUGACAGUGGAAGUGGCGGCAUCAGUAGAAGCACAGAAGAAAUUGCAAAAACAGACGACAACAACGAAACAGACAAUGACGAAAAUAAGAAUGAAAAUGACAACACAGAGGAAAACAAAGACAACAAAAGCAUCCAUAAACAAGAAGAGGAUGAACAAGAAUGUGUGGUAGAUCCACAAGCUGCCAAGAUGCAAAAAAUGGCCAAACUUAUGCUACUAAGGAACGAUGAAAAGGAGCCCGAAGAUGAACCGGCCUAUGUUUGGAACUUUGUGCAAAAGGGGACCAUGAGCCCCGAGGAUGAAGAAAAGGAUCGCAAGUACAGACACAAAUUUCUACAAAUGAUCGCCUAUCAUGAUGGAGGGCCCAUGCACACGGGGCUGUUGGAACCAGCCGAUUCUUCCAAGGAUGGGUCCUAUGCCAUGCUGGCGGCAGUCUACUAUCCCAGUCGAGCCUUCUUCAGCAAGCUCAUCAAUUCGUCCUGGAUGUAUGAAGCAAUACAAGACAAGCGACCAGGAGAUAAUAGUUACUGUGUCGUCACAGUGCCAAUGAGACAAGACAAACUCUGGAUGAAAAUGGCAAAGAAUUAGCUAACUAGCUAGUUUGAUAGUGGCUGAGCGAAGCUACAAAGAAUGGGGGGAACAAAGUGGCAUCUCGACAAUCAGUUCAUCGCCACUCCAUCCGUGCGACCUUAUCGAUUAUGUCAUUGCACACAAAACAAGACGAUUGUGAAUUUUUAAUACUAGCUAGCUAUUACGUUAUAAGAAUUCACAAUCGUAUC